UGGGCACUUCCGGUGUGUUCGCGGAAAACGCAACAGUAGCUACUUCCGCGUUUAGCUCCCUCUGCUGAAACUGAGAAAUGACGGCCACUCUGCGUCCGUAUCUCAACGCGGUGCGUGCCACGCUGCAGGCCGCUCUUUGCCUGGAGAACUUCUCCUCUCAGGUGGUGGAAAGGCACAACAAACCAGAGGUGGAAGUCAGGAGCAGCAAAGAGUUGCUCCUCCAACCUGUAAUCAUUAGCCGUAACGACAAGGAGAAGGUUCUGAUCGAGGGCUCCAUCAACUCUGUCAGAGUGAGCAUCGCCGUGAAGCAGGCAGAUGAGAUCGAGAAGAUUCUGUGCCAUAAGUUCAUGCGUUUCAUGAUGAUGAGAGCGGAAAACUUCUUCAUCCUGAGGAGGAAACCAGUCGAGGGAUACGACAUCUCUUUCCUCAUCACCAACUUUCACACCGAGCAGAUGUACAAGCACAAACUAGUGGACUUUGUUAUUCAUUUUAUGGAAGAAAUCGACAAGGAAAUCAGUGAAAUGAAGCUGUCCGUCAACGCCAGGGCUCGCAUCGUCGCGGAGGAGUUCCUCAAAAACUUCUGAAAGCGAGAGAAGACCUAAGAACACAUUCCUUUUGCAAUAUUGGCCGUCACUGUGGAGCCGACUCACGGCAGGGCAGACCUUCGCUGGCGUUUUCCGCCAAGAGGGGAAAAGAAGAUGAAGAAGCGCAGUGAGGCUGUGAGGGCCAAUGGGGCUCUUCCCUUUAACCUGAAACUCGUCCUGUGCUCAAAUUAUUGACGUUUGUUUAUAAAAUAUUCCCACCACACCUUCAUUUCUUGCCGUGAAAGGUCAACACAGCCUCUAUAGUAUUGAGCACAGGAUGAAACAGAUUUUUUUUAAAGAUAAUUUAAAUGUUUUUAAGUAUAUUUACAGAUAUAUAUUAUAUGCACUUAAAUUUCAUUUUGUUUUGUUACCACAAACAUUGAACCAUGAGGGCAAUCAGUUAAAUGUUUUAUUUCACACGCAAACAGAUGAAACAAAUUUACACAUCUGGCAAUUAAUAAAAAUAAAAAUGAA